UCCGGUUUGAGCUUCCGACUCAACUCGUGACUGGUUUUGGGUUUUAUUUACCUGCGCGUCUCCCCGGAGAUCAAUGACAGGCGGAGGUUAAAGUCGCUGAAGUGACGGGAAAACAAGGAUUUAUGUAAACAUGCGUUUCCAGAAGUAACUGUGGAGUAAAAGCGGCUGGAAGAGACGAAACAUGUGGCGAGUCCAGGCUGUUCUGGGCAGAGUGCUGCAUCGUUGCCAUGGCAGCAACACUUUACGACUGCCCCAGAGCCACCAUGUGGAGGACGAGGUUCUCAACUCUGCCGUGCUCUCCACCUCUCGACAGUCCUCCGACAGCAGCUCUCAGAAAGAGGAAGAUGGAGAGAGGAGGAGGAAGCAGAGGACCUUCCAGUUUGGAUACGCUGAACUUCCCCGCUACACAGCCCUGGAUGCCGUGGGAUGGGGUGCAGCCACAGUUCUGUUCAUGCAGAUCUGCCGGAGGAUCCACUCCCAGUUCUCCUCAGGCACUGAACCCAGCCUGACCCCCGGGGUCUCCACUCUGCCUUCCACUCUGCAGAAGUGUGGCUACCGCGUCCUGCUGGACAGCUUGUUGACAUGUGACGUUCUGCCCAGAGGAAGACAGGUGUCUUGUCUACAAGGUGUGUCAGAGACACAAAACCAAGAUCAGCCUGCAAAUGUGAGCAGCAGUGGCAGCAGUGCUGAGAGUGCCGUCUCAGAGCACCAGGAGGCGCUCUUGCUCCAGGAUUCAUCUGAGCCUGAGGAAUCACGUCUGUCGUCAUCCUGUCCUCUUCAAAAUGACUCCAACCAAAACAGUCCAGAGAAGCAAAAUUCUAAUGAGGAGGACAGGUUGUCAGAUGAGGAGCGGCUGACAGCUGCAGCGCUAAACCUCAAACGUGUGGGAGACACCAGUGUUCCCGUCAUCCUCAACAUCAUCGGUCUGGAAAGUGCCAAACAAAACAACUACAAGGACGCCUUCGCUUGUUUUGUGUCUGCAGCUCAGCAGGGCUACAGCAAAGCCCAGUUUAACACCGGAGUCUGCUACGAGAAAGGCAGGGGAGUCAGCAAGGACAAGGAGAAGGCUCUUCAUUAUUACAAGCAGGCAGCACUUGGAGGCCACACACACGCUCAAUACCGAUAUGCCAAGCUGCUCUUGACCACCAGGGGGCAGCAGAGUUUAGAGGAAUUGAACACAGCCAUGGAGUUACUGGAACAAGCUGCAGCAGCUGAUCUCACUAAGGCUCAGCUCUGUCUGGCCUCAGUCUACUCUCAGGAUCCAGUGAGAUACGGAAGCAAGUCCGUCCACUACCUGAAGAUGGCAGCAGCGAGUGGAGACAACACUGCCCUGCUGCUCUUGGGACAGUGUUAUGAAAGUGGCCUCGGUGUGCAGAAGAACUUGAAACAAGCCUUUGAUUUCUACAAACAAGCAGCUCAAGCAGGCAACAAGCAGGCUCAGAGCCUGCUGACACCGCCAAACAACAUGUACAUUCAGGCUCUGCGCUCCAUCCGUUCAGCUCCGUGUUUCUCUGCCGUCGACCUCCAGCCCGAACGCGCUCUCUCCUCCCUGGCCGGUCGCGUCUCUCCGUCCACCGGUCGCCCUGCUGCUGUCCCUCUGCUGCCUCACUCCCGGAGCGCAGGGAAUCUCUGUGUCCCCCUGUCCUUCACAGCAACCCACCUCCAUGUCCCCAGCACAGAGCGGAGGGCCUGCCAGUGACCUGCACGGUUCGGAUUGAUAUCCUUACCCAACACUAAGCAAGACAAGGAAUGUAUUUUAUAGCAUGAGUCUGUUAUUCUCCACUGGAGAAUGGUGAAAAUACUUGUAAAUUUUGUGUAUAUUGUGGACUCUGUGUUACAGUAAAAAAAACUUUUAUACUUGUGUGUGUAGAUGACACUGUUAUGUGGGUGGAUUAUUUUUAAAGAGCUGUGAAGCACAAGGUCUUACACACAAUAGCUUGUGUAGAAUCAAAGAUUAAGCUUAUUUUCAUGUUUUGUUUUUUUUACUUUGUUUUUAUAAGCUCCUCUGUAAAAUACAUUUUCCAGUGGAUGAAAGUAAAGGAUCAAGGUGCCUUUGAGUAGAUUAUCUCGCGACUGUUUCUCUCUGUUGAUGUGGAAAGAAGACCAUAAAGAAUUUUGCCUUCUAACUUAAUUGCUCUGUUUGCACUGCUGAAACUGUCAAAGUGCUUUGUAUGACAUUUCUACCAUGAAUACAUACUUCUAAGAUAAAGUGAAAAAGAGUGUCAAAGAGCAAUCACUGAGAAGGGCAAUAACUGCAUGUUCAAAGUCCAACCUGUUAGCUAAACAUGCCAAAGUGAAUUUUGAUGCACUGCAAUGAAGAUGUACUGUUGAACAUAUGUACAUUUGAAUAAAUAAGUAAUC